GUGCUAUCCAAUACUUCCCAUCUGUUAUGUUUGAGGACUCCAGGAAGUGAAUUAUACAUUGAAUGUUGUCAGUGGGUAUCAAAUUAUAUAUAUAUUAUCGUAUUUUAAUUUCACAGCCCCUUAAUAAAUAUCCCGUUAAGGAUUUCGGAGCAGACUGUGUGGUUUAAGGUAAAUUACUUCAGUCAGUGUUCUUUCAAUAUUCAGUUUUAGUUCGAACGUCACUUGACCAGGAUACAACACGGAACUCAAGCCAGCAGCGAGAGCAAUCAUGCUGAUGAAAAAGAGAGGGCAUACGUGUUUGCUGGCGUCGAGUAUGGCUUCACUAGUUGUGCUCAUGAUGGUGCUGUACGGUACCAUUGGCAGCCAGCAGCCAGUCAGCUUAGGCUUCAGACAUGACUACCAGCUGCUGGGCAGACCCCUGUACAAACUGGACCUGAGCUGGCCCAAGUACCCUGAGCUCUUCACCGGGGAGGUGUUUGCAGUGGCUGUCAACCAGUAUGCUGGUGUGGUGUAUGUGGCACAGAGAGGUAACAAUGUGCCCAAGGUACUGGUGUUCAGCACAGAUGGAGACUUCCUCAUGUCCUGGAACACAACCACUCUGGAGAUGCCUCAUGGUAUGUUCUUAGCAGACGCAGCGUCUUCAAACCCCACUGUGUGGAUCACAGAUGUGGGGAGCGGCCCGUACGGCCACUGCAUCAAACAGUACUCACCAUCGGGGAAGCUCUUACAGGUGCUUGGUACACCUGGGAAAGCCGGCUCUGGGCUGAACCCUCUGCAGUUCCACCAGCCAGCUGAGAUCUACGUCCACGACUCUGGAGAGAUGUACAUCGUGGACGGUGACGGCGGGAUGAACAACCGCCUCAUCAAGCUGUCCAAAGAGCAGGAGAUACUGUGGAUUCACGGAGAGAAAGGGCAAAGCAUAGCUCAGUUCUACAUCCCCCACAGCGUGACCGUGGACAGCGUCCAGAGGGUGUGGGUAGCCGACAGGGGGAACAAGAGGAUCCAGGUCUUUAACUCCGUCACCGGGGACUGGCUGGGGACAUGGGGGAGCUGCUUCACCGAGGAUGCGCCCUACUCCGUCCGCCUGACCCCGGACAAGAAGUACUUCGUCGUUGUCCAGCUCAACACCAAUCAGAUUUCGCUGCUGGAAGCCCCACAGGUGGGUUUGAUUGGCCAGUGCACUGUGGUCAGUGUGAUCCAGCUGGCUGAUGAAGUGAAGCCCCAUCUGGUAGACCUAGACCUGAAGACAGGGGCCCUGUAUGUGGCUGAGAUUGGAGCUCAGCAGGCCCAGAAGUUCACCCCCUUCAGUCUGGGGGGUGGCUUCCCAUAGUGCCACACUUUGAAAUGACAUGAUCAAUCAAACACUGAUAAUUAGAGUCACCAGUUAUUUAAAAGUGGACCAAAAAUCUCCAUGUUUUAUGUAAUUCAUGUGAUACAGAAAAUAAUCACGGUAUGUCAGUAUGAUGAACCCUGCUAAUAAGAUAAGCCACCUGAGGUUAAGAUGUCUGAUAUCCCCGUCUCACAGAAAUUACAUUUUUAUAGGACGAAUUUGCAACAGUAUUUAUGUUUUGAAACCGUUAUGCCAUGUGGAUACCUUUUUACAAUGACAAAAUGAGACACAAGGGUUUUAAUCAACAAAUUUUGAUCCACAUUUUGAAAAUUUGCAUGAGAAAAGUUUGAUGGAAACACCAAAAUUAGAAAAAAGCUUUAGAAAAUAGGCAUACGGUUUUAAGCUCCCUUGAGGUGGUUUUAGUCUCUUUUCUUUUUUGUUAAUGCGGUUAGCAUGAUUAGAAAUGAUUUUUAAGAAUAAGUUCUGACAUAGCGAAACAUUUAACUCAUGACUGAUCAGCUGUUUCAGCUUUGCCGGUCAACACGAGCUUAACAUGAAAGCUAUUGUAGCUCCAGUAUAUUCAAACACCCUCCCGAUUAAACCCAGUCUACUCUGAUUGGUCAGUGUUUCUGGGUCUUCUGCAUCAUAGGAAUGACGGGAACAGAGUAUAGCAACAGCACUUUCUAGCAUGAAAAAUCACAGAUAAAAGCUUUUAAACUAAAUGCUACACAAUGUAACAUGUUCUAGCAGCAAUGUGAUCUGAAAUUGUGGAGAAAUCCACACCGUCAGGAACCAAAAUACUGGUUUCUCUGACGUUAGCAUGUAGCUGCAUGUAGCAGUUUAUGCAUGUAAAGACUGCAGUAACAUGCCUUUUGCAGGUGACAGACAAUACAUAGAAACCUGGCAGCUGAAUGUUGGAAAUGGAGGAUUCACAUUGGGCAGAAAUCUGAGGUUUUUGCUUCCAGGGAUUGAUUUGACACGUUUACAACAUUAUUUAAACUUUUGGCAUGUUUAACAUGACCAUCCCACAUUAUAUAACUAACAGAUAAUAAGACAAAUUAUAAUAGGUGUUGUUUGAUAGGUUCUUUGUUUUUUUCAUAAAUUGACCAAAACGCAGUAGGAGUCCAAUUCUAACCUUAUGUGGGACUUUUAGCUCUGCAGCACCUCAUGGAGUGGAAAAAACAAUUCUUUUUUUUCAAUGUUUAUUUUAGGAGAUCAUUUUUUUAAAAACAGUUAAGAUAAAUUAUAAGCAGAUUCUCAAUAUUAAAGGAUCCGGAUCAGCAAAACAUGACCAGGACAUCCCUACUUUUAACUGAGCCAAGUAUGAUAUUAGUGUAAUUUUUUUGAGACAAGGUUUCCUCUGACCUUUGUACCAUAGUACAAUGUACGGAAUGUGAAAAGUUAAUGGAGUUCUGACUGUGAAGUCAUUAUUCUGAGAAUGAAGUCCGAAUUCUGAGAAACAAAAGAUUUGAGUUCUGAGUUUAAAGUUGGAAUUCGGACUUUAAAAUUCUGAAUUCUUAGUUUAAAGUCAGAUUUAUUUAUUUUUUUAACAUUUCUGAUUUUAGAAUUUAGAAUUUAUUUUAGAAUUUAGUCAGAAUUCAGACUUUAUUAAUCCUCCUUCAAUGUGAAAAUAAUGACACCAUCACUAAAGGAUGUCUCCAUAUUAAUUGCAAAAAAAAAAAAAAUAUAUAAUAUAUAUUAUAAAUAAAUAUCUACUAGGCAUAGGUUAUUUCAGUAAUUAGUUAAAAUUGUAGUGUCAUGUUUGUAACAAAACCACUUCUGCAAUCUGCAAUGAACAAGCGGGUUACUUGGCAUCUUCACAAUAGAUAAGGGCAGCAUGUUGUUGGUUAUUUAUCGACUCACUACUAUCAAUAAUUGCAUAUAGCUGUUGCGUUUUUCACUGUUAUGUGCUGUUUGUGAAAUAUGCCAUUUUUGUGCCAUUUCUUUUUUUCUUGACUUUGAACUGCUUGAAAAGAUAAAAGCUUCUCUGGGGCAGAUCUGUUUCCCUUCUUCACUGAAGACACUUUAAACUGCUUUUUGCUGGUUCAGCCUUUUGCAGGUAUAUAUAUGGCUGUUUUUAAAGACAUUUGUAUAUUUUCAUGUGUAAAAGGUUAGAAGUGAAUUGUUUAGUGCACUAUUUAGCCUGAGUUGUCUUUAAAUAUCACGAAGCAACUAAUAAUGAAGUGAAUAUAUAAGGUGUAUGAAAUUCUUUCUGAAUUGCCAUAAUCGGUGUAUAUUUAAUCUUGAUGUAUUAUAUGAAUUGCGUUCUUGCAUUAUAUCUUCUGUAUUACAGAAUCACCUGUAUUUUGAUAUUAUAAUGACUUUGAAGAGUUGCAGGGUCUGAAGUGUGCUGGCUGUUUGGUGAUGUUUUGAUUUCCAUUUU